ACAGCUUUAGUCCUCCACGACGAGUUCAGGUAUCAACACCCACGCACCACCACAACAGUCCGUUGUCACAUUACCGCUCAAGUUCACGUUGCUAUUCCAUUCCACACCGAGUUUAAAAAAUGAGUUUUUCUGCGGAAGCUUCAUCGGCAGCGGCAGCGCUGGACGCGGCGGCAGCUGCGAAAAAAUUGAAUUUAGAAAAAGCGACAAACUUCAUGAAACAGUACAGAGACCCGCACAGCCGUGAGCUGAAAAAGCUCUCCGCAAACCAAUUCAUGGACGUGUGGAGUCAUUACGACAAAGACGGUAACGGAUACAUCGAAGGCACUGAGUUAGACGGUUUUCUGAGAGAAUUCGUCUCCAGUGCUAACACUGCGGACGUCAGCCCUGAGGCGGUUUCGGAUGCUAUGCUGGUGGAACUCAAACAAUGUUUCAUGGAGGCCUACGAUGAUAAUCAAGAUGGGAAAAUUGACAUACGCGAACUUGCUCAACUUUUGCCCAUGGAAGAGAACUUUCUGCUCCUGUUCAGAUUCGACAACCCAUUAGACUCUAGUGUCGAGUUCAUGAAGAUUUGGAGGGAAUACGAUACCGACGGCAGCGGAUACAUCGAAGCCGACGAAUUGAAGAAUUUUUUGCGGGAUUUACUGAAAGAAGCGAAAAAAAUAAACGAUGUGUCCGAAGACAAACUCAUCGAGUACACCGACACAAUGCUGCAAGUGUUCGACGCGAACAAGGACGGGAAACUGCAGCUUUCUGAGAUGGCUAAAUUGCUGCCCGUCAAGGAGAACUUUUUGUGCCGUCAAGUAUUCAAGGGAGCCACAAAACUGACAAAGGACGAUAUCGAGAGAGUAUUUUCGUUGUACGAUCGAGAUAACAACGGCACAAUUGAGAACGAGGAACUCCGAGGUUUUCUGAAAGAUCUACUGGAACUGGUUAAAAAGGACUACGAUGCGGACGACUUACAAGACUUCGAGGAAACUAUACUGCGAGGGGUGGAUUACAAUGACGACGGAAAGAUCAACAGAAAAGAGCUGACAAUGAUACUACUUGCGCUAGCCAAGCACAACCAAGAAGAUGACUCGGCCGCUAAAAAGGAAUAAACAAUUUUCACUCAAAAA